AUGCACGCGCUUUACUCAGCUAUUCUAUUGAUUUUUCUUAUGCCAAGGAGCAUAAAGAGUGAACUGUGCGACCGAGGAACCGGUGAGUGCAAGGAAUUGACGGACACAGAGUGUCCAGACAUCUUCUACAACCAACAUCUAAUUGGUGCGAAUGUCAAGUACUGCAAUGAGUUCGAAGACAUCGUCUGUUGCCCCUUGCCGCUGAAUGUGCAGCAACGUUUGAUGGUGGAUGAGACGCGGCCGUAUGAGAAACAGUGCAAGCGCUUCAACGAAAUGAGACCCACUUGCCGCAAUGUACCUUUUAUUAUUGGCGGUACUAAGGCCGAGGCUCGUGAGUUUCCGUUUAUGGCAUUAGUGGGCAGCAAGGAGCGCAACAAAACCGAAGUCAGCUGGGAUUGUGGAGGUACGUUGAUACAUCCCAGAUUCGUGGUAACAGCAGCUCACUGUCUGGUGACAAAUGAGAAGAAGGAGCAGCGUUUGGAUCCCAAUUUCGAUUCACCCAAGUUUGUGGUGCGUCUUGGUGAAUUGGAUUACAACAGCACUACCGAUGAUGCGCAGCCGCAGGACUUUGGUAUUGUUAACUAUGUGGUGCAUCCUUCCUAUGAUGAUGAUGAAGAUGGCGCCUAUAAGCACGACAUUGCGAUUAUUGAACUCGAUAGGAAUGCAACCCUCAAUGAAUAUGUUGCGCCCGCUUGCUUGCCACCGAGUAGCGGAAAUGAUAAUCUACAGCUUACUGCUGCCGGUUGGGGAUUUACCAAAAACACCGGUAGCAAGUCAUCUCACUUACGCAAGGUCACACUUGAUCGCUUCGACGAUGAUCUGUGUAUCUCGCGACUAGAUCUCGAGAUAGAUAGGCGUACACAGUUCUGUGCAGGUUCAAUCAACGGCAAUGGAGACACCUGCAACGGCGACUCAGGUGGACCCAUCUUUGUCCAGCAUCCGAAUUACAAUUGCCUGAAAAUACUCUUAGGGGUUACCUCUUAUGGUCGGAUUUGUGGUAAACAAGGUCUGCCUAGUGUCUAUACCAAAGUACAUCUCUACACCGAAUGGAUAGAGACCAUUGUCUGGGCCGAGUGAAUGAGGGAGAGAUCCAAAAUAGUUUCACUAAUCGUUUUAUUAUACAAUGAAUUCUGCAAAAUAUACAUUUUGUAAAUA